AUGGAGUCUCACACGUUUGGAAAAUGGGAUUACACAGUGUUUGGUGUCAUGGUAGCCGUCUCAGUGUUUAUUGGCAUAUACCACGCCAUAGUCGGCAGACAUGAUAGACUGGAGGAGUACUUCCUGGCUGGACGUGCUAUGCCCUUCUUCCCCAUAGCGUUGUCGAUGCUGGCUUCGUUCACGUCCAUCAUUACCAUGCUUGGAGCAUCAGGAGAGGCGUAUAGUAAUGGCAUCAUGUGGGCUCUCAAAGAAAUAGCGCAAUCAGUGGGAAAACUUAUAGACAUGUGCCUCCUGCUGACCCUUCUGAAGAGACUGAACUUAUCAAGCCCAUUUCAGUAUAUCGAGGGUCGCUUCAAGUCCAGACUUCUCACCCUCAUGGUGACGGUGGCGUCUUGUGUACAGAAUAUGUUCUACAUGAGCAUAAUCUUGUUUGGCCAGGGAAUGGCAUUGCAGGCCGUGACAGGGUUCUCGACGGUGGGGUCAAUCUUAGUGACGUCAGCGGCAGCUGUUCUCUACACUUCUAUUGGUGGCUUGAAAGCGGUGAUAUGGACAGAUGUUCUCCAGUACAUCCUAAUGCUUACUGGGAUACUAGCAGUCAUAAUAAAGGGCACCAUUGACGUAGGAGGAGUGCAGGAGAUAUGGAGCAGGAUAAAGUCUGGAGGAAGACUUACUUUAAAAUAUGACUUUGACCCGACAAUCCGUCAUACUGUGUGGACCGUGGGCUUUGCCAGAAUAUUUAAUACACUUGGUAUUCUUUUCCGACCUGCCUAUCUACAGCGUAUUGCCGCCACGAAAUCCCUCACUGACGCAAGAAGAGCGAUGAUAUUUGGCGUGCUCUGCAGUCCUGUAUUUGGAAUCCUUUGCGUCAUUGGUGGUCUUGUGGCAUAUGGUUAUUAUGACUACAAGAGAUGCGACCCUGUGGUAUCAAAUCAGAUCUACAAAAGUGAUCAGGUAUUACCCUUCAUGACAAUCGCCAUUUUCCGAAACGUGCCAGGAAUGCCAGGGCUGUUUCUUGCAGCACUCUACAGUGCGUCUCUCAGCUCAUUAUCAUCAGGACUAUCCGCCCUCGCGCACAUAACAUGGGAGGACUUCGUAAAACCCCGUGUUUCUACAAUGUCGGAGUUUAAACAAAUGGCUGUUGCCAAAGUAUCAGUGGUGGCGUGGGGUGUUGUGAUUUUUGGCGUGGCGAUAUGUGUGUCAUCCUUGAAAUCCAUCCCCCUACUUCAGAUCUAUUACAGCGCCAACUCAAUCACGGCUGGGCCAAUGUUCGGCCUAUUCUACCUCGGUGCCAUGUUCCCGUUUGUCAAUACAAGAAGCGCUAUUGUUGCACUGCUGGUUGGGAUCAGCUUCCUGACGUGGCUGGUGGUAGGUGCUAGACUUUCCCCAGGGGUGAGGAAGACGCCCCCUCUCCCGCCUGCCCCGACUGAUUUCUGCCCGAGUGUCAACCUCUCUCUGCCAUACACCAUGACGACAACGAACUCAACCAGUGAUGAUCUACGCCAAUAUACUGGGUCAGGUCUUGACGCCUUCUACAGUCUCUCCUACAUGCUGUACCACGUGUUUGGAUUCCUCAUCGUGCAGGUGGUGGGCGUUGUUCUCAGUCUGGCCACAGGUGGAAACAAGGAUGGAGUUAACCCUCUCUACAUCAGAAAAUUCUUCUGCUGGAGGAGUGAACAGGAAGAAGAACAUGUGAUGACUUCAGGAAGGUUUGCUGACACAUCAGAUGCCCCAGUGGAAGGACCAAGUGGCUCAACAGAUGGGCAACAAACUGAAUCGUUCAUCAAGAACAGAGUUUUAUGAAAUGUUUUUAUUGGAAUGAAUAUUCAUGUUAUUUACAUGUUCUUUUGAAGAGGUAACACUUUCUUUUCCCGCACUACUUAACCAGAAACUUUCAUAAACCAGACCUCUAAACAGCUGUAACUCCGCUUUCAUUGUUUCGAUUUCGACCAGACUUCGUGAAAGUAUGUAGACUAGGCUUGUGGAUAGCCAUGCCUAAUUGUAGCCACAUCACUUCGACUAACUUCAACUACGGAGAGAGAAAUCAAACAUGAUCCAUGUAUAACAUUUUGUAAGCUAUUGUUCCUCACCAGAUCAUCCAAUUACAUGGGUCAUGUCGUUUGGCAGGCACUUAAUGCAUUAAAAGUUAUCACUGUGCUUUGUACCUAAUUCGGCACUCCCCUUAACCCAUCUCUUGAAAUGCGUCCAAUUUUGUGUACAUAUGGUUUCAUGCAUCCUACACCAAACACAGAUCUGACUAAAGAUUUAACAAUCCCUAUUGGUAGCUAUCAAAUCUGAUUUUACUUCUAAUCGAUUUUUUCAGAAAUUUCGUUUAAAUAAUUCAUAUCUUCCUGGGGCCUGCGUCUGCUUAGAAAACAUUGAAAGUAGGCAUUACUUAUCAUUACUGAUCGGUGCAUAUAUUUUGUUCUUUGGCCCAUGUCAAAAGUAUCCGCUAUUUAAUUUAUCUUCGUUAGGUUGCUAUGGAACCCAAACUGAACUAUAUUCUGCACUAUGUCCCUCAUUCAGUCUUGCUUGACAACGGUAUAAGGAUCUAUACCGAAACGUCGCUUUUUACAGUAUUAAAGAAGUUGUUAUCCAUAAAAUUGUGUCUAUCUUGUCAUCCGCCAACUUCUAAGUAAUGCCUAUCAAACAAGUUAUAGAGGAGUUGAUUGUAACGACAUUGAUAGACACACUCGAUCGGAUGAUUCUUGUAGGGUUUCAGUACUGUAAACAAAUCGGUACAGAAGAAAAUGCAAUAACAAUUAUUUGUUGGACGCCUCCACGAACGCCUGACGCACGUUUUAGCCAAGUUCACUUGCUCGUCAGAUACCCUACGUCUCUAGGUCGACCAUAGAGGCAAGGAAAGAACGUUAGGAACAGCCGCCCAGAGAGAGGUCUCCUGUAGAAACGGACUUUCGUGUCAAUCGCGGCCCAAGAUAUCACAUAUCGAUUAGUCGAGUGUCUUCAGGAUUAGAAUAAUAGGAGGGGCAUCAUAGUUUUGUUGGUUGAAAUUUGUAACUGCUUGGUCAAGUAGUUGUUUGUAUAUUAGGGGCGGUCGGGUAGCCUAGUGGUUAAAGCGUUCGCACGUCACCGAAGACCCGGGUUCGAUUCCCGACAUGGGUACAACGUGUAAAGCCCAUUUCUGGUGUCACCCGCCGUGAUAUUGCUGGAAUAUGUCUAAAAGCGGCGUAAAAUCAAACUCACUCACUCACUCAAUGUAUGUAUAUGAUGCGUAUCCUUCCGUCUCGUCACCUAUUUUCGUGGUAUUGCCAUUGAUCAAGGGUGUGUUUCCGCGAUCUGUUCUAGUGUGAAACGCUGAUUCUAGGUAAACUGGGGAAGCAUUGGUUCGAUAUUGACCACAUUUUACACAUGUAUGUUGACUAUUCUAGUUACUAAUGGCAGCCCCACAGCUCUCCAGACUACGGGGAAUUCAUAUUAGUGAAACUAACGCAUU